GGAUGAGCGAUUUUCGAAAAAAAGGAGUCAACAAACCGAAAUAAAUAAAUAAUAACUUAUUUUGUUCGCUGUUCUUGGUGCAUCUUUCAAGAAAACAAGUGGGAAAAGGGGGUGGAAAUUUCACGGUUCUUUGCCCAUUUGUGGUUUUGUUGUGGUUGCUGUAUCUGAGACAGUAGCCUACAAUCAUAUCGUCAACAGUCAAGCACGAAAAAUCGAUUGCAUACUUUUUUUCUCUCCCGAAAGUGAUGAUGCAAAAAGUUACUAGAAUUUGGUGAAGUCAAGCUGGUCGGGUACGAAGAACUAUUCUCUCGACUGUAGACGUGUGUUGAUUUAUCUGUACGUCAGUUCUGAAUGUGAAAAUGGAUAUUAAAAACCCGAUUUUACAUAUACUGGUUGUUGGAUUUCACCACAAAAAAGGAUGCCAGGUUGAAUUUUCCUAUCCCCCGUUGAUAGCCGGUUCGGAAGGAAAGCAAGAAUGUCCUUCGGGAUGGAAGUACCUUCCAACGCUAGCUAUUCCAGAUGGAUCGCAUAAUUUUACCCAGGACGUCAUUUGUUUCAACUUACCAAGUUUACUCGAUCCGCAUGAAUCGAUCUACGGUAUAAGUUGCUACCGACAGAUUCCAGUGGAAGAACUGAAAAUACGGACAGCUGACGUCACCAGAAGUACCGUACAAAAAUCGGUGUGCGCAUUGCUAUCGAUUCCUAUCUAUGGCUAUGUAGAGGUCAAACUGUCCCUGAUAGCGCAUGCAUUUUUUGAACAAGGCGACUUUUCCUGUACCGAAAUCCUUGUUAAAGCAUACAAGCAGUUGAAUGCCUGUCUCCACUCGAUGGAACCGUUGGAGCUGGCUCCGGCACGAUUGCAUUUUAUCGGAUUGCCACUGCGGGAUCUGGUGUUGAAGUGGCGCCACAAGCUUCUUAUUCUGUACAAGUUGCUUUUGCUACAGAAACGAGUUGUUUGUUUUGGAUCUCCGGUGCAGCCUAUUUGCUCGUUGAUUUUGGGAGUCGUUUCGUUGCAUCCAGAAUUACUCGCUAAAGGGUUUCAGGAAGUCGCUUGCGUGAAAACAUCUCGACCCAUGUCACCGAUGCCCAGCUUUGGUACUCCUCAGCGUGAAGAGGUGAACUUUUCGACGAUCGACAAUAAAAUUUCCUGUGAAGACACUGUUCCUGAAACGGUCGCUGAAGAUUCACGCGCUCAUACACCGAGGAAUGGUGAUGAAGGCACCAAAGACGAUUCUCCCAACUCAGAGCCAGCACAAACAUCUCCAACGGAUGAUGCUGCCGGAAAUCAAAGUAUGCGUCCCGGGUUCCCACGGGACACAAGUGUGGACACAAUCGCGUCAAAUUUUGCCAGUCUGUGCGCAAUCAAGCCGGACGAAUGGGCCGCACCGAUGAAAAUGUUUCACGAAGGAAACCUCUGCCUGCCGUACAUUUCGUUGCCAUACAUGGAUCUGCUGACGGAUCCUUCCGUCAAAGGCUACAUUAUUGGGGCCUCCAAUGUGCUGUUUCAACAGAAGCGUCACCUGGCGGAUGUGCUGGUGGACGUGGAGGGCACCGUCAUCGACGUGUUUGACUUUGAGUUGAAGCGACAGAUACAACUGAGUACGGAAGAUUUGCGUUUCGCGGAUUUCAUCAUACGAAACGUACAGAACCCGAAGGAAGACGCCGAGGGUAGCGAAAUUUGGAUUCGGGAACAAUUCUAUGGUUACAUGGUAUCGCUGCUGAAAUCGUCAGUGUGCUUUGAUGGCGCCAAAGAAAUGGAACAUUUCAAUGUGCAUUUUAUGAUGGCUCUCAAGACGGCCCAAUGCUAUCAAGAUUGGUUGACUAGAAGCGGUGGCGACAGUAAUCCAGCUUUCGAAGGAUUGGCAGUAGGGCAUCCAUUCGCCGGAACACUUUCCGUUGCUGAUAUGAAGUUGAGAAUAGCACAAACCAUGCAGAAUAGUGAAAGUGGCCGCAAAUUAAACCAAGCAGUUAAUAAUACUAGUCGAGCGGUAGGAGGCGCUUUAACCACGGCGAAAGGCGCACUGUCCACAUGGUGGACAUCGAUAACUGCACCGGUUCCUGCUGCCAACAGCGAGUCAGCGGCAGGUGCCCAAGGGGACAAUGAGACGACCAGUAGCGGACAGCUUACCGAUACCAGUGAUGAUUCGGAUGAAAACGUAAACCCGGAUCAACUUUCCAGCAGUAGCAGUGAGAGUGGCAACAGUCCAAAUGCUGCAACCAGGAGUGCGCUCAAACGGCCUGAAAUCGAUUGCAAAUCCGAAUCGGUUGCUUCGGAAAUUGGAACCGCCGAACAUGUACUAGAAAUAAGUAAUAAUAUAAUUGAAAUCGGUAAAGAAGCUGACAUCUUAGAUCGCCAGAAGAAAAUCUAUCACAUUUAAUUGAAACUCGUUUGCACACGAGAAAUCGCUUUCCGCAGUUUAGCUUCGACAAUGUAGUGUAAAGUGAUAAUAUUAAGUCUACCCCGUUAUUAUAGAAACCAUUCCACAGCACGUUCAUAUUUAAAAUCGUCAUUUGCUGAAUUCAAUGUUUUUGAACUGAACAAAAAUAGUAAUCAUUGUUUGUACUUACAAUAUCGUGUGUUGUACGCAAUUGUUUAUGGACAAGAAAAUGAAUGCAAAAGUCUUGCCGAAAUUUCAAGCUACUUGAGAAAACCAAAAAUUCAUAGGGUGGUACAUAUUUUCAAUCCUACUGUUGUAUCCCGACGGCCUUAUUAACAUAGAGCCACGAAGCGGAAGCACCCUAUGUCAGCGCCUAGUUUCUUUUCAAUUAAAGUAAUCGAUUCUCGUAAUCGAUCUUCGAAAACUAUUGUCACGUCUCUUCAUGGCUCGAUGUUUCAAGUCUAAAAUAAUGCCUGUUCGAUGCAAAAUAAACCAGCUAUUCAGCAACUUUUUUGAGGCAAGAUUAGAAAUUGCGGCUCAAUAAUAGUAAAAUAAUAAUUAGCAAGUACUAAAUCAUGCAGAGUAAACUGUUUACUAUCCGUAACGCUAAUCCCGUUAGUUUUCGCUGCGAUCAUAUUAACAAUAAAAACAAAUGUGUGAUAAUUUCCAAUAGUUAGUAUACAGAAUAGCUGUUCACUGUGUAACAUAUAAACUAUUAUUAAACAAUCGAAUAUGAUUAUGGCUUAAAUAGCUAAUAAACUAUUGAA